AUGCAGCCGCUUUUGAUAAAAUCCACUUUGGAUGCACUCCAUUCAGUGACCCGUCUAAGAGAUUUUGGGCAAAUUAAGUCGUCCAUGCUCACACCCGAAGCGCUCGUGAGACAAGAUCUCUGGUUCCGCUGUAACAUUCUCACGUAUUGA